AUGUUUAACUCAGGAACCUCACCAACUGCGAUCGCGUCAGGGCCGACCAUCGUCGCAUUUGUGAUUGGUACUUGCAUGGCCUACGCGGCUCUGCGCAUCACCUAUUGCCUGUAUUUUCAUCCACUAUCCAAGUUUCCCGGCCCUCGACUUGCGGCCGUCUCUAAUCUCUGGUAUGGCUAUCAUUGGCUGACAGGGAGAUGGCCAUGGGUCAUGGAGAGCGUCUUGCGCGAGUACGGUGACGUUGUCCGGAUCGCGCCCAACGAGCUGGUCUUCUUCACCCCCAAGGCGUUUCAAGAUAUCUACUCGCCACAUCAGAGGAGCAUCGAGACCUUUGUCAAGACAACUUUCAAUGACCGUGGAAAGAAUCUCGGCGGCAUCGUCUGGGAAGAAGACCCGGUGCGGCAUCGCGCUGUGGCGAAGCAGCUCUCACCAGCGUUCAGCACUCGUACCAUUCGGGCCAUGGAGCCUGUAGUACACCAGCAUAUUGACUACUUCGUCUCUCGGAUAAAAGAACUUGGAUCAGCACCCGAGGGCAUCAAUAUCGUUGACUGGACCCAUUGGCUUGCGAUGGACAUCUCCGCUGAUCUUUCAUGGAACGAGCAGCUUAACGAGAUGCGAGACAUGAAAGAUGCCGUGUUUCUCGAGGUUCUUAUGGCUUUCAACGCUUUCACUACCGUCAUACAGGUGUUCAAGCGGUUCCCCCUCCUCUCACCCCUCCAGUAUCUCCUCGCCCCCAUGGCAAAGUUGUCAAGUCUAUCAAAAAUGCAGAAAGCCGUUAAUGAUGGCGUCAUGAAGCGCGUAGAAGGGAGGACUGACAUCAAGCACUUGGACUACUUUGACUUCAUCCUGCCCAGAGGCCAGUCGCUCCCCUCUGACCAAGGGGAGCUCUUGCAUAUCGGCUCGCUGUCCAUCCAGGUCAUGUUUGCAAAUUUUGGUCCCCUCGCAGACUGGCUGUAUGCAGCGAUCUUGUGCCUCCUCGAGGAGCCGCAGUGCUAUAGAGCGCUUGUUGAAGAGAUUAGGGACGCUUUCGAGACGUACGACGACAUCACACCGGUAGCUCUUGCAUCGCUGCCGUAUCUACAUGCAUGUCUGGAAGAGUCACUGCGUCUUUUCCCGUCUAACAACACAGGCUUGCCUCGCUAUAGUCCCGGUGCGACUGUUGAUGGACACUACAUUCCAAAAGGGUACACCGUACAAGCAAGCACUUUUACUCUCGGGCGCAGCCCUCGCUUCUUUCACGAGGCGCGGCAGUACAGGCCGCAGAGAUAUCUACGGCCCGGCCAUCCCCUUUACGACGCGGCAUUUGCGAACGACGAUCUGAAAGGAUAUCAUCCCUUUAGUCUGGGACCUCGGAUCUGCAUGGGCCGCGAGAUGGCAUGGGUGGAGGGCAAACUUAUCAUGGCCAAAGUACUGUGGACUUUUGACUUGAUCAAGACGCCUGGGCAGCCCGAUUUUAGCGAUGUGGAUCGAGAUCUGGUGCACUACGGAUUCUUUGUCAAGCCUGAACUGAGGGUCAGAUUUGUGCUCGUCAAGAGGUGA